UGGCCGCGCGAUACGGCACGGGUGUUUGAAAACGGCCGAUAACAGUGUGCAUCGCGCCAUGUGUGCCGAGAAAAGUGCGAAUUUGCUGUGGCUUCUUUGUUUCGUAUCCUUCUUCUAUGGAUUUGUUCUACCAUACGGACGCUGCCAAAACGCGGAUCCGAGGGGACAGUUGGACGGCAGGGAUGACGGGAGGAAAAUAGGCGAUCUGCGCGACGAGUUACAGGCUGACGACACGGAUCAGUCGUAUGUCUGGGAUGCGUCUCUCGAGGGUAAAAAGGCGCUCGAUGAGGACGGCAGCUCUCUCUCGUCUCGGAACGCGGCAGAGGUGCCGGAGACGGAAGCGGAAACAGUGCCCCGGGCUGACGGAAAUAGGGACAAGGUUCUCGUUCCACCGGAAGGUGCUUCCAACUCAUCGCUUCGGCCGGGCUUGAAUGCCACGUUGACUUCGCUGGGCCGUCGAAGGGGAGACAGCAGCGACAGAUCCCGCAAGAAACGGCGCAGAAACAAGGAGUCGAAGAACUCGGACGUGGAUCGACAACGCGAGAACACGCAGGACGUCUGCGAGAACGAGAUCAGGGGAAAACGUGGCAGUCAGACGAAGAAAUCGAAGGAUUCCGCGGCGAGAAGGUACCGCGCUGAACGGCGCAGGAGGAGGAAGAAUCGUGACAGAAAACGCGGCAGGAAGAGGCCUAAGCAGAACGGAGAGAGAAGCGACGCUCGUAGAACGUCAAAGUUCAAACGAAGAAUGAACGAUGCACCAGCCUCCCUGUUACUUGGCAAGAUCGAUGGCCAAGUGGCGGAGGACAACGUUUCCAGCUACGAUUCCUCGAAUGCCACCUGGAGAAGCAACCCCUCGAACAGCACCGACACCACCUCGCCGUUCAAUCUUCAGGAUCAAUUAACCACCGAACCCACGAGACGGCCCACGCAGACCACCACGCGUUAUAAGUUGUACGAGGACACCGUCGAGAGGGAGUUCUCGAAGCAGCUGGAGAAGGAGAUCUCGCGGACGCAGAUGGAGGACCCGGCCAGUCUGGAGAACCGUAUCCUCGGUAGCUCCGUGCCCAAGUCUUCGUAUAAGAAUACCGAGCAUAGAGACGAGGGUUCCGGUAAUACGAACGAGUCGAAGUUUGGGAAUUCCAGGUACGAUGCUGACAAGAUGCUAGGCUACUCGCGAACGGAAGAGGAUUUGCCGAUCUUGGAUAUGGAGAACGAGGUCCUGGCGAGAACCUUGAAGGAUUAUAACGCUUACAUGACGUCGAGCUUGAAAUUGUCGAUGUUACCGAGACGGGACGGGAUGGAGCGCAGGAAAACCGGGGGAUCGCAUUUUCAUGGGAAACCCAUAAUCGACGGGGCAGAGUUGGACGGUCUGGGCAGAAAGAAGGGCGCAGAAACGAGUAACAGCACCGUGGCAUACGAGGAUGAUACGAAAGGGGAUUUAUCAUGCAUAAACGGGACGUUCGUGCCUGCACCCCUCGCCCGACAUGCACUGAUCAAAUAUGUAAAAUCGUCGAUACCAGGCCACGAGUACUUGGAAGCAGACUACGAGUGCGCUCCAGGAUUCUACAUGGUGAGCACAACGAACAGAUUACUGUGCAGAAAUCGCCAAUGGAUAGGGCAACUACCAAAGUGUAAGAUCAAAGCGAAUCUCGAAGGUGCGUGCAUCGAGGCCUCCUGUGAUCACGUUUGCAAAGAAGUCGAUGGCAGACCGGUGUGUUCCUGUUACAAAGGUUUCGUGCUGGAGGGUGACAAGUGUAUCGAUGUGAACGAAUGCAAGGAUAACAAGGGAGGUUGCGAACAUAAAUGCGUGAACACCGCGGGAUCCUUUCGUUGUGAGUGUCCAAAGGGGAUGAAACUAGAGGAAGACAGGUUCACGUGCAAGGACAUCAACGAAUGCCUAUUGAACAACGGACACGGACCUUGUCAGGAUACGUGUCGGAACACCAUAGGCGGCUAUGAAUGUUCCUGCGACGGUCUACAGGACACCGUGCUGUCAGCCGACAACCACACGUGUCAGGACGCGGGCCCGUGUAGCGUCAACAACGCCGGAUGCUCCCACACCUGUCUCUCCACGAUGGGACGAGUAUUUUGUCUCUGCCCUGACGGUUUCAUCCUAGAGGACGACUGGAAGACCUGUCAAGAUGUGGACGAGUGUGCCCAGCCAGAUUUGCAGACGGAAAUGUGCCGGUACGGCUGCAUCAACACCGCAGGAUCUUAUCGGUGCGCUGAGCCAAUGGAGUUGAAGGAUCAACCGAUACUGGACAGCUUGUCGAUCACGUGCCUGCCGGGCUACGAGGCCACCCCCGAUGGAACUUGUAUCGAUAUCAAUGAGUGCACGGUCGACAACGGCGGAUGCACGGAGGUCUGCGAGAACACGGACGGAAGCUUCUUCUGCGCCUGCGACGGUGACGAGAAAGCUCUGUCAUCCGAUGGCAAGUCCUGCAUGGAUAUAAACAACGUAUCCUGUCCACCGUUGAAUCCUGAGGGUCGAGGAUAUUUAAUGUGUUCGCGUCUAGCGACACCGAAGCCAUGGAAAGGUAGACGAAGAGUGGCGAAUCGUCCAGGUACCAAGUGUUUCUUGAAGUGUCCCCAUGGGUAUCAACUUCACGGGGAAUACGAAUUGUCUUGUCGAUCGGAUGGUUCAUGGGAUGGUCCUAAACAUGGCGAGUGUGUCAGAUACAGCAAGCCUCGUCUAGAGUGUCCAAAAGACGUGGUCGCGGAACUGCCGCCAGGUAGAGACGAGGCAUUCGUGACGUUCGACCAGCCGUCGACGGAUCUCGAUUGGUUCCGAUACGUUCGAUCGAAACCUUCCUGGGGUACCAGGCUGGAGGCGAACCUAACCCCGGGGGUGCACGAGAUCAUGUUCUUCGCGAGACACCCGGUAUCGAAGAAGCAGGCCAGCUGUGUGUUACGCAUCAUUGUCAAAGGCGGCGAGGCGCCAAAAGUUAAAGACUGUCCGAACGACAUAGAGGUUACUGGGCGAAAUGGGACGUCCAUCACGUGGACCGAGCCAAUUUUCACGGACAACGUGAGGGUGACACGGAUUAGGAGCAACGAGAGCCCAGGACGGCGCUUCGACAUCGGUGGCCAUAAAGUGGAGUACGAGGCAAGUGACGAGGCAGGUUGGUCGAGCAAGUGCGUGUUCACGGUGGUCCUGCGGCAGGAGUGAGUCGCGAAUUCGUUGGCGAUCAGGUGAGCGCGGGAACACGGAAGGAGAAAGAGAAACGACAGGGAAAACGGGGAAUCCAGGUGAAAAGGGGGGCAAAGGUAGCGGACCGGAAGAAUAACGAUAAGGUAAUAUAAAUGGAAAUGCUCUGGACUCGUGCGCGUCGUUCCCUCCGCGUGCGUAAUGGAUUUCGUUUUAUCCGGAAGGUUAAACGCGGAUGAGACACGGGUAUCUUUCCGUCGAUACACACGCGGGUGCGUGUACGCGUGGAUGGAAAUCUCUUUGUUUCAGUGUUGAAAGGGUCGUUGGAAAUCCUCCUCGCGAACAGGAUCUGAAAAUAAUUUAAAUUUACGUUUGCAGACUUUUUCCCCCUAUUUUCUUCUCCCAGUGGGUUUCGGAAAGAACUAUUUCAGCGACCAGCAAGACUGAAUUCGUGCUACGAUCAUUUUUUAACAGAUUUCAUUUCGUGAGGGAUAAUCGUGCAGUUACGUCUGCGAACAUCAUAUAAAUGCC